UCUCCAGGUGCCGGCCGAGAGUUGCGGCCCCGCGACCGCGGAGGUAGCCCCCGGGCGGCGGGAUGAAGGGGUACCUGGACCAGCAGGUGCCGUUCACCUUCCCGCAGCAGCCUCCGGGCCAGGCGGCUUCCGGCGGCGGGGCUCAGCAGGACGCUCGGAAGAGAGCCGGUGAGGCGGGCUUGCCGGCUGCGCAGGACUCGGAAGACCUCUUCCAGGACUUGAGCCAGUUCCAGGAGACUUGGCUGACAGAAGCUCAGGUUCCAGACAGUGAUGAGCAAUUUGUGCCUGACUUUCAUUCAGAAAACUUAGCUUUUCAUAGUCCUCCUGCAAAGAUUAAAAAGGAACCCCAGAGUCCCUCCUUGGACCCCACAGUGUCCUGCAACCAAAAGCAACCAUUCCAGUACCACAAUGGCGAGCAGUGCCUUUACACCAGUGCCUAUGAUCAAACCAGACAAGUUGGAAUCAAGUCCCCCAACCCAAGAACCCCAAUAGAGUCACCACUCCAACAGUUCCCUAGAGGGGACAGGAGCUUCCUGACCCCUGCUGGGCCAUCCCAUACCACAUCCAGCUGUGGAUACCUCAGUGAAAACAGCUCUACAUACCAGCCACCAGUGGAGAUGUGCUGUUCCUUCCCCUCCUCCCAGGGCAUAGCCCAAGAAGAUCCCGUUGCCUAUGAGCACCAGAUGUCUGAGCCCUGCCUCCAGUACCCUCAUCAGGGCUUCAAACAGGAGUACCAUGACCCACAGUAUGAGCAAGCCAGCCAGGUGGGCAGCAGCAAUCAGUACCCAGCAGCCAUGGUGAUCAAGCAGGAGCGGGUGGACUACGUGUACGACUCGGAUGUUCCUGGCUGCCCUUCCAUGUACAUAAAUGUUGAGAGCUAUCCAAGCCAUUCAAAUACAGAAGACAGAUUAGGCUGCAGCCAUGACAAGCAGAUGAGGUCCUUUACCGAUGAUGUCUGUGUUGUUCCAGAAAAAUUUGAAGGAGAAAUCAAGCAAGAAGCCAUAGGGUACCGGGAAGGACCUCCGUACCAGAGACGGGGAUCUCUCCAGCUCUGGCAAUUUCUUGUGGCUUUACUGGAUGAUCCAACCAAUUCCCACUUCAUUGCCUGGACUGGUAGAGGAAUGGAGUUCAAGCUCAUUGAGCCAGAGGAGGUAGCCAGGCUGUGGGGUAUCCAGAAGAACCGUCCAGCCAUGAACUACGACAAACUGAGCCGAUCCCUUCGUUAUUAUUAUGAGAAAGGCAUCAUGCAGAAGGUGGCUGGGGAGCGCUACGUGUACAAGUUUGUGUGUGAGCCUGAAGCUCUGUUCUCCUUGGCCUUCCCUGAGAACCAGCGGCCAACGCUGAAGGCAGAGCUGGACCCACAGAUCAGUGAGGAGGACACAGUGCCCCUUUCUCAUCUGGAUGAGAAUGCCACUUAUCUGCCAGACCUUGGGAGCCUCCCUCCACAUCUUUACAGCAAAGGCUACACAUAUUAGCAUCGCCAGGAGCACGCUGUGCCACCCUUGUGUAUAUAAGGAGAUGUCUGGUUAGUAUUCAAUAAGUAACUUUUUCCCAGGCCAGCCUAGGGUGCAUUAGGCUAUUAAAUACCUAUUCUGGUCAGGAAAAAUGUUCAGGUACACGUGUGAAUAAUCACCUGACAGCUGACUGGGCUCUUGUGUGCUUGUGAUAAGAUCCUCCUCUUUAUUAGGAUGGGACUCACCCUCAGUGAUGCAGACAUCAUCCAAGCAGCAGAGCUGCAGCUUCCACAGCAUCCUGGGUAAUUGCUUCCUCCAGCCAGAACAAGUGAGUCUGUCUUUGGCAAAGGAGGAGAUGCUGUCCCACUGGGCUUUUUUCAGCUAUGCGGAUGCUAUAACACUGCUGCUGACUCCACUCCUCCAGUCCCUGUACUGAAUCUCUGUAUAACCCAUCCUCAGCAAGGGAUGGCUCUGACCCACAUGGACUCACCUCUGCAAGGCCACUCUUCCUCUCUUCCCAGGAUGGCUGCAAAGCAGCAUUCCCUGAGUCUGUCUUCCCUGUGCUGUGAACUUCCCUGUAAACCCCACUCCCACAAGGGAACAGAGAAUACCUGUCAGGUUCUUGAGCCUGCCUACCAUGGCUCUGGAUAGAAAAUUAUCUGAAGCAAGAACCUAGCAGAGGUGUGUUUAGAAAAUGCUUUACAAAGUAACCUAAACCAUACAUAGUUCUUAAUAUCUGAAUUUAGAUUUAACCUUCACAGAUGUUUGUGUGUUUGAGGGAAAUCCUGAUAUAAUGGAAAGGCAGCUAUCUCUGCAGUCCAAUGCAAAACAUGCAACUUAACUGGACUAUUU